CAGCCUCUCUCGUCUUUCUUGGACUGCAGCAGAGGAACCGCUGCAUCGAAGAAGACAAGGAACAAGAAAUCAACGGCGCGAUGCUUCCUACAGUCUCUGCUGCUGCUGUGUAGAGAAGAAACGGACACCUCAGACUCAUCGAGCUUUCGCUACGAUGCAUCUGCUCCUGUCUACAUGGCUGACGGUCUCUUCUACUGAGCUCUGACAGGGCUGAGGAGCUUUCCAAUUUGAGAUCAACUGUCUCCAUUUCAGCACUGUCUGGCUGCUCCCAUCCAAUGGAAUUAGACAUCAUUACUUAAUCAUUAGUGUCCUGGCAGCUGACUGACCUUUCUGCACUUGGCUGUUUGAACUAAAACUGCCUUAAGUCUUGCUUUGACUGGGAAUAGAAAGAAUAAAAAAGGUAGCUUACAUCUGUUUGAUCUGGUGAAAUAAGCUUUAUAGAGUUGAGGUAAAAGACAUUUAGUGCCAGUUAUCUAUUUGCCACGAUGGAUGAAACUCAUAACAACAGGACUUCCUUGGCAAAAGGUGCCAAGGACAUCGCUAAAGAAGCCAAGAGGCAAGCUGCCAAAAAUUUCAGCAAAGCUGUUGAUCGUGCCUCAGAUGAAUACUCAUCGCAUCGCAGCUACAAUCGCUUCCAGAACGAGGAUGAAGAGGAGGACAACUACAAUUCUUACACUCAGCAAGACUGUCGUUAUGCUGACAACGCAGCCAAUGAUGACGACGGGGCCUCCAGUGAUGCCACAGAGGGCCACGAUGACGAAGAUGAGAUCUAUGAGGGGGAGUACCAAGGCGUGCCCGCAUAUAAUGACGGGAAGCUGGGGGACGGAAAAGUGGCUCUGGGCCAGCCGGUCUCUGACAGCCUAAAGAGCCGCAAGGAGCUGGAAAAUGAGAGACAGGCAGAUGAGGAGGAGCUGGCCCAACAGUAUGAGCUGAUUAUGCAGGAGUGCGGCCACGGGAGAUUCCAGUGGCAGCUGUUCUUUGUUCUUGGGCUGGCGCUCAUGUCGGACGGCGUUGAGGUGUUCGUAGUGGGCUUCGUCCUGCCCAGUGCUGAGACAGACAUGUGUGUCCCCAAUUCUGGUGCUGGAUGGCUUGGUAGCAUCGUGUAUCUGGGGAUGAUGUUCGGAGCGUUUUUUUGGGGCGGCCUGUCAGACAAGGUGGGCCGUAAACAGUGCCUGCUGAUAUCCAUGUCUGUCAACGGCUUCUUCGCCUUCCUCUCCUCAUUUGUCCAAGGCUACAGCAUGUUCCUCCUCUGCCGCAUGGUGUCUGGCUUUGGGAUCGGUGGAGCGGUACCAAUAGUAUUCUCGUGGUUUGCGGAGGUGUUGGCUCGUGAGAAGAGAGGAGAGCAUCUGAGCUGGCUCUGCAUGUUCUGGAUGAUCGGAGGAAUUUACGCCUCAGCCAUGGCUUGGGCCAUCAUCCCACAUUAUGGCUGGAGUUUCAGCAUGGGUUCAGCCUACCAGUUCCACAGCUGGAGAGUGUUUGUGGUGGUGUGUGCGCUGCCGUGUGUCUCUGCAGUGGUAGCUCUCACUUUUAUGCCUGAGAGCCCCCGUUUCUUCCUGGAGAUGGGUAAACAUGACGAAGCCUGGAUGGUGCUCAAACACAUCCAUGACACCAACAUGCGCGCCCGUGGAGAGCCUGAGAGAGUGUUCACUGUGAACAGGAUAAAGAUCCCCAAACAGCUGGACGAGCUGGUGGAGAUGCAGAAUGAGUCAGCCAACCCCGUGCUCAAGGUCCUCUUCAAGAUCAAGGCUGAGCUCAGAGGGAUCUGGUUGACUUUUAUGCGAUGCUUCAACUACCCAGUGAAAGACAACACUGUGAAGCUGGCUGCAGUCUGGUUUACUUUGUCUUUUGGGUACUACGGGCUUUCUGUGUGGUUUCCUGACGUCAUCAAGCACCUUCAGGCCGAUGAGUACGCCUCCAGAGUGAAGAUUCACAACAACGAACGCAUCGAAGACUUCACCUUCAACUUCACCCUGGAGAACCAGAUCCACAGAAAUGGAGUAUUUAUAAAUGACAGGUUUAUCAGUAUGAGGUUCAAGGCGGUCACAUUCAUCGAUUCCUCUUUCAUCAACUGCUAUUUCGAGGAUAUCUCCUCAGUAGGAUCCUUCUUCAAAAACUGUACCUUUGUAGACGCCUUCUUUUACAACACGGAUAUUGAUGACGCUAAGCUAACAAAUUCGAUGGUGAUCAACAGCUCCUUCCACCACAACAAGACAGGUUGUCAGAUGACAUUUGAUGAUGACUACAGCGCCUACUGGGUCUAUUUCGUCAACUUCUUGGGAACAUUGGCUGUGCUGCCUGGAAACAUCGUCUCUGCCCUCCUAAUGGAUAAAAUAGGCCGCCUUAGCAUGUUAGGAGGCUCCAUGGUGCUGUCAGGCAUCAGCUGCUUCUUCCUGUGGUUCGGCACCAGUGAGUCGAUGAUGAUCUUCAUGCUCUGCCUGUACAACGGCCUCAGUAUCUCUGCCUGGAACUCCCUGGAUGUGGUCACCACUGAGCUGUACCCAACAGACAGGAGGGGCACAGGCUUCGGCUUCUGUAAUGCCAUGUGUAAGCUGGCAGCGGUGCUGGGCAACCUGAUCUUUGGCUCGUUGGUUGGCAUCACCAAGGCUAUCCCCAUCCUGCUGGCAUCGGCCGUGUUGGUUGGCGGCGGGCUGGUGGGGCUCCGACUGCCAGACACGCGUGCCAAUGUCCUCAUGUAAACCUCAACACAGAACCAUAUAUUGAUUACCAGGUAUUUACUCAGUUUACUGCAUAAUGACACAUUCAACGGACUAUGAUUUAAUUACAGUAAAUACCACUGAAACGAACAUUGCAGUCAUGAUUAUUUGAUAAAUACUGUAAGUUGAAAAACUCAAAUAUACAAGUAAUUGUUAUUCUGUUAUUUCUGAGUACAUACCUGGUACAGCAGGAUUACGAAAUGAUUUUUAACUUCACAGAGAGCUGUGGAUGUACAGAGAUUGAAGGAUAUAAAUUUGAAAUAUCAGCGGUUACAAAUCUUCACAGUAUCAAUGGCUACUUGCCAAAGCCCUGCACAAUCUUACAGGAAUUCAAGCUGAACAGGCUACUCUUAAGAAAAAAGCUCGAACAUAGAUAAAACUCUGUGUAUCAACAGCUCGUUAUCUAACAUGGGCUGAUUCAUACAUGCAAACCACAAACGCAUGUGUCAAGGCUGCAAAAGGCUUGAACUUUCAGUAACCUUCCCCUUCUGAAUCCUGCUGUAAUCAUUUUGUAACAGUUGAGUAUUUACGAUUAUAUUUAUUUAUUUGUAUUUGUAUUGAUUUAUUUAGUUGUUUAGAUGCAUUAUUUAUGGCUUCACCGGUGUGUUUUUCUGUUUCAAGGCCAGAAAUUGUGUCUCAUGUAAGAAUCUCUGUUUCUAAACCUGCGAUCAAUACUCCAGGAAUGGUUGAUGACGUUCAAGCUUUUUGCUGCGAUUUGCAAGAAUGAGAAGUCCAUAGUAAAAAAUAAAUAAAUAAAUAAAUAAAUAAAUAAAAAAUCAAUAACAAUAUAGUAGUUUAGUUAAAACUUCAGCAGCUACAUUUCUAAAGUGAAAAGAAGUUUACAUUUUCUGCUUUUUACAGUCAGAGACUUUUGAGAUUGGAAACCUUUUGUCUGAAUGCUUCCUCUCUCCCUCUCUCGUGUCUGUGUUGUGUUCGUCUCGUGGCGCUGAGCUCACCAUGAAGGGCUUUGCUCUCCGUUGCAAUCCAAUCUGUCAAGAAGAAUUUAUAAUAGAGGAAACCUGUGCUGUUAUAAAAAAAUACGCUCUUCUCCUUGUUUUGUUUUUUUUUCCUUUGUUUGUUUGUUUCCUCUAUCUGUCUCACCAGUGUCUUGUCCUCUCGCUCGUUUAUCUCCUCUUGCCUUGCUGCUGCUCCCUCCAAAACUCAAAGGCCUUUCUCAAAUGUCGUGCCUCUCUCUCCAUUGAGCCUGUCUCUCCUUCCAAACCUUGCUGGAAGCUUUGCUGCUCUGUCCUGCGUUUUUUGGUCUCUCAUCUCUUGAUACUGCAGUGUGUAUGCAUGUAUGUGUGAGUGUGUGUGUCCAGAAAAAAAACCCUUAUGAGAUAAAAUUACCAUGUUUUUUUGUUUUAAUGUCUUUUUAUACAACAGAACUGAGGUUUUUGGAGGAUUUGAACCACAUGAUAAAGUGAAAUUAAAAGCCAUGUUUAAAGGGUCAGUGCAGCCAAAUCACAAAAAAACAUAUUUCCUUACUUACCUCUAGAGGUAUCUAACCAUGUAGAUUGUUUUUCUGUGAAAAUACCAACUGUUUUCAGGUGACUGACGUCCUGUACUUCAGUCACGUGAUGACAUCUCGUUAACAAAGGCUGUGGGAUACAGUCAAAAGCUUCAAUUUAAAUAUCUUUUUAUCGCAGUAUGUGUUCCCAAGGUCAGUAAUUCCCAAGGUCUGAUAGUUUUACCCAUGUGUGCGGGUUUUGAGAUACCCCUCCCUCUCCCUUCCACCUCAAUAUAAUGGAGGUCAAUGAAGAUUUGAUUGUGCUGCUCAAAAAUGUGAGGUUUCUUUGUACGAGUAAUUCAGCUUUAUGAACGUCACCUGUUCAUGAGGAGGUGAAUGUUUGUGAGAUUUUAUCAUUAGCAUAAUUAAUGCCCCUAAAAUUACCAUAUGAGGCUACAUGUUCUGACCCGUUUGUGGGCUAGUUUCAUUCAUAAAAAUGUUCCCAAUGACUAAAAACACACCGCAACAUAACAAAUGUUGGAGUGUCAGUAGUGUCAUCAGAGCAGCGCUUUAAUGUGACAAAGAGGGAAUGUUUUUACAUGAAGUUAGAUGCUAAAAAAUGUCUUUCUAAAGCAAAGCGUUUCAUGAUUUAUAUGAUAGGUGGUCAUGUGACAGUCACAGAGAUAUUAGAGGAGAGAAUAAGCCUUCAGUAGGUGAUGUUACACUGUCAGCUGCAACAGAAGAUGAUACUGGACAGAGAGCUGCAGAAAGACACUGAAGCAGCUGUUCACAACAACUGCUGAAAUGUAGAAGCUGCUGCGCCAAAAUAAAAAUCAUAAAUUCUAAAAAACCUGUCAGUAAAUUGGCAGCCAUGAUGAUGAUAAUAAUAUGGUGAUACAGUUGCAGAGUUGAAACAUUUACCAAACAUAUGUCUUAUUUCAGUAUCAUAUUUAAACUCCAAAUUCAUUCAGAUUAAAACAUUAAAAUUCUGAAUAAAAAACAAAUGUUUCUCCCCUUGAGGCCCGUUGUUUCUAGAAAGACAGAUUCCCCUUGAGAUUUUCAUUCGUAAUUUUCCAAUUCCAUUCACCCCCCCCCCCUUUUUGGUCAGAUGCCGAAAUCUCAGAGAAGGAUAUUGCAAAACCUCUGCAAAACGAUCUGCAUGGCUAGAUAACCCUAAAAUAAGAGAUGUUUUUUUAUGAUUUAUGUGUGAACAGACCCUUUAAAACUUCCAAUGACGAGAACUCUUGCUGCUACAAUGUCAGUGCUUUGAUGUUAAAAUGUAUUACCAUAAGUAAUUUGUAAAAUAAAAACCUGUAACGUGUUCUUUUCUGGGUUUGCUCAAAUACAAGUCAAUUAAUGCAAAAGUACAGAACAGUUUCAUUUGGUUAUUUUCCAAUUAGUGUCAAUCAGAUGUUCUGCUGCUCAUGUAUAAAUUUAUGCAGUACAUAACCUCCUACACAUGCAGCUAUUUCCUUUUAAGAUGAUUUGUUACGACUGAAAUGCGACUGAAGUUAUGAGUCUGGUUUCCAGAUGUUUGAUGCUUUACUUCUCUGUCUGCUUUCAUCCCCUUCUCCAAACUCUUGUGCUCACCACUGUUUCCACAAAGAAAUCCUGCAUGUUUGUUACUGAAGUCCCUCUGUUGUGUGCGCUUUUUCCGUUUUGGUGUCUUCGCUGUUCCUCUGCGGGGGGGAAACAGACAUGUGAUUCCGGGUCAAAGGUGAAUGUAUCAUUCUCGUGUGUUGUCAGAUUUGUUGUGGACAGGUGUUCAUUAUACUGAGUUGACUUCUACUGUAGGUCAUUGUGAAAGGGCAUGCUAGUGGUGAGAUGACUGUAUCCAGCAGGGGUGGUCAAAUCUGCUUUUUGGGAAGGUUUCCAUUUAGAUGAGUCAUUAUCAUAAAGUCACUCCGAAACUGGGAUGAAAUUUGCCUGAACGUUGUGACUUUCAGAUUUGAAAACCUCUGCUCUCAAACAAUACGUGGAAGUGUGUGUAAAAAACAAUUACCUGUCCUUGAUAUGAUUUAUUUUAAUAAGAAAAGGCUCAAGUGAAUGCAGUGUAAAGGUGGAUUCCUCUGGUGUCUACACAUACUGAAUAAAGAGUUUCAUUUGAACAGCUGUGGGAGUUUUGUUCAGUUUAUUCAGUCCAAAUAUAACCACUCACACCAGCAGAUGGCACUAUUUACACAAGCCUAACCAAAGCAGGACCCAACGUCUGUCAGGGUUUAUGAGUUAAUCAAAGACUGUUAUAGAGACUCAUUUUAUCACUAACUUCUGAAUCACUUUAUGACUGCUCUCUAGUGAGUCUUCAUGUUUGUUUUGAGGUCAAAGGUCACAGAGAUUCUUAGCUUUUAGUGUAGUUUAUUUGACAUCAGGGUAACAUCUGGAGCUGUUAGAAUUUGGUCUUGGUUUCAGGCCCAGAACAACCCUGACUAACAUGUUCUGAAAGAUCUCUAGUUUUUGGGAAAUCUUUCCCAGAUCUUCAAACCAUGAAGAAACUUUGGGGAACUCCUCUUGAUGAGUAAACAGAACUUCAUGUGUGAAAUUACUGGAGUGUCCCAUUAAAAGGUAACUGAUUUGGAUAAAGACAAUCCACAAUAUUUUCUUAUCUAUCUAAAUUUUAGCACAAUGUUAACAAAAUCGUACCACACUAAUAUACAGUAUAAGUCAACAGAUUUCAACCAUAAAUAGACUUUGUAUUUGUUUCCAGACAGUACAAAUCAUUCCAGGAACUUAUUAUAUGUUUUUUUCCAGUUAUACAGCAUGCAUCUGUGUGUAAGUUUUGCCGGUGAACUGGUGUGUUAUGUGUCACCAUGCAUCCUGUCACAGGCAGGGCAGGAAAUGCCGACUCAGUGAGAGAAGAGUGCAGUCUUCCUGAGCGGUUAAAUGAUAACAUAAACAAAGCCCCAAAUUGUUCUAUAUGUUUGAAAAU